AUGUCUGCUCCGAAGCGUCAGAAGUCCAGCAAAGAUGUGCCAUACGAGCUAAUUUAUUGGCCUGGCAUCCCUGGUCGCGGUGAACAUAUCCGCUUGGCGCUCGAAGAGGGGGGGGCCACAUACACGGAUACAGCGCAAACCGAGAAGGGCAUGGAGCAAGUAACAGCGCAAAUCGCUGAAAGUAACGUGGGCGAUGAUUUAAACCCGCCACCUUUCGCCCCUCCCAUCCUCCGUCAUGGUGACCUCCUUAUCUCCCAGACUCCAAAUAUCUUACUAUACCUUGGCCCGCGACUUGGGCUGGUGCCAAGCGAAGAUGAUGAGGAGCACCCAGACGCGUUGUACAAGGUCAACGAACUCGCUCUGACAGCACUCGAUGGUUUGAGCAACGAAGUUCAUGACUGUCACCACCCUAUCGCUACGGGGUUGUACUACGAGGACCAGAAGGAAGAAGCUAAACGAAAGAGCAAGGAUUUCGUAGAGAACCGUCUUCCUAAGUUUCUAGGCUACUUUGAGCGCGUACUGCAGGGCAAGGCAAGCGGGGAAGGGCCGUGGCUUUACGGCGGUCAGUUGACGUAUGCGGAUCUGGUGUUGUUCCAGUGUAUUGAUGGCACGAAGUUCACCUUCAGAAAGGCCAUGUCCGCAGCCGAGAAGUUAGGCAAGUACGCGCAUGUAUUCAAACUGUAUGACGCCGUGAAGGAACGUCCUAGGAUUAGUGCGUACCUGGCUAGUAAAAGGAGACAGGACUACUCAAUGGGUAUCUAUCGUUACUAUGAUGAGUUAGACUUCGGGCCCGAGGGCCGAGAUUAA